UAUGACCUAAUCUUUAAAAUAUUACAUUGUUAUACUAUACAUUUAAUACUCACUCAUUGAUUUGUUUUGUAACGCUCCCAAUUAUUUUAAACUCAAUUAUUUUAAAAAUCCUCUAAUCAUGCCUAAUAAUUCCCCCCUCUCCUGUUUUUUCUUGCUCUAGAUCACAACUACAACUUAACGGUAUAGGAAAAAGAAAAUGAUUCCACCUUCCACCACUAAUCAUAUAUUAAUUUAAUCUUGCUCCCACUUAUAAACCUAACCAUUGCUAAGAAAAACAAAACUGGAGAGAAAAAUAUAUAUUCUCUUUCUCUUCCAUCAAGCAAAGCUUCAAAGAAUCAAACUUUUUCUCUGGGUAAAUUGUGCUCUUUUCUUGAGAUCUGUUUACUUAGAAGAAAAAAAAAAGAAUGGGUUUGUACGAAGGAGCGUCUGUUCAUCCACGAAACCCAGAAACAAAUCUUCAGGGCAGUUCCUUAAAUGCCCCCAUUCUCACUUCUCCAGAUCUCGCCAAUGAGAAAGGACUGAAGACCCGUUUGAAAAAGAUGAUCUUUGAUCUGGGUCUCGCUUGUUUCCUUCCUCCUCCAGCUGGACCACGCUCAAUCGAAAACUCCGGCAACAGUGGAAGCGGCGGAGAUAACAACAAGGCGUGGCUUUUGGCGGAAACAGCUCCGGAGAAUAUAAACCACGACCCUCACUCUGUUCAUUCUUCGUUUAGAUUCAGCCUCUGCUCACAAACUGAGCUUGAGAAGAUGAAAGGAGGAGAAGCGCCUUCGCUGUCUGCUUCGUCUUCUUGCCGGAAUUUAUCAGUCUCCGGUGGCUCCGCGACGGUUCUGAUGGUGAAUCUGGAGAAUGGAGUAAAGGAAACUGGGAAAUCUACGGACGAAGUGACGUGGACGAGAGCUCGAUCGCUGGAGAAGAGUAUCUCUCCGGUAGCUAACACUUUGGUCCGGUUCAGCUACGGCGAAAUCGUCGCCGCCACUCGUAAUUUCUCCAAAGGGAGAGUGUUGGGAAGAGGAGCUUGUAGCUAUGUGUUCAGGGGUAAAAUCGGAAUUUGGAAAACGGCUUUAGCGAUCAAAAGGCUUGAUAAAGAAGACAAAGAGUCUCCAAAAUCUUUUUGUAGAGAGUUGAUGAUUGCAAGCUCUCUUCACAGCUCAAACAUUGUGCCUCUUCUUGGUUUCUGUAUAGAUCCUGAAGAGGGUUUGUUCUUGGUUUACAAGUACGUCUCAGGUGGUAGCCUUGAACACUAUUUACACGAUAAGAAGAAGAAGAAAGGCAUGAAAGCCGCUUUGCCUUGGUCAGCAAGGUACAAGGUAGCACUAGGGAUCGCUGAUGCGAUUGCUUAUUUGCAUAACGGAACAGAGCAGUGUGUUGUUCAUCGAGAUAUCAAACCCUCCAAUAUACUUCUUUCCUCAAAGAAGAUACCAAAGUUGUGUGAUUUCGGGUUAGCUACUUGGACCGCUGCACCUUCUGUUCCUUUCCUUUGCAAGACCGUGAAAGGCACAUUCGGAUAUCUGGCUCCAGAGUAUUUCCAACAUGGUAAGAUAUCUGACAAGACCGAUGUUUAUGCCUUUGGUGUUGUGUUGCUUGAGCUGUUAACCGGUAGAAAACCAAUCGAACCAAGAAGAUCAUCUGGUGAAGGAAAUUUAGUUGUUUGGGCGAAACCGUUGUUGGAUAGAGGGAUUGAAGCUAUAGAAGAGCUACUUGAUCCGAGAUUGAGAUGUACAAGAAAAAACUCGGUUUACAUGGAGCUGAUGAUCCGUGCUGCAGCGGCAUGUGUGAUCAAUGAAGAGUCUCGAAGGCCUGGUAUGGAAGAGAUAGUCACAAUCUUGAAAGGUGGAGAAGGAGGACUAGAGACAAGAACAUACUCAAGCAGGAAAACUAAUACAAGUCUUUCGAGUAUGAUUGACACUUACACACAGUUGCAACAGACCAAAUCCGAGAUGAAAUGUCAUCUUGAUCUUGCGAUGCUUGGAGUAACUGAUUUGGAAGACGAUGGUCAUUUAUAUGAACGGUAAAAACAUUUGAAAGGAAUGAAUAAAAAGUGUGUAAAUAGGUAAUUAAUGGACCGUUUGGAAGUUUGGAACUAAUCAGUGAAUUUGCCAUGCAUUUCGUUUUUUUUUUUGGUUUCCACUGGAGAAAACCGGUUUAGUCUUUUUAUUUUCCGGUUUGGUUGGUGAGAGAAUGUCAUAUUCUCCUGUUGCGUUUUUUUGUUUUGGGAAAUGUAUUGCAAAGAGUGUUGAAAUUGUUGUUCAUUUGAUAUCUAAAGGAAAAAUGUGUUGUGAUGGCUGACUUUUUUUAUCGUGUACGUUUGUAUUUUAGUUAUAUUGUUAAGCUAUCUUCCAACAAUAAAGUUUUCAGUAAAUAUAUACACUUAUAAACUUGGAAGAAACAUGAAACUAGACAAACAAAAAUUAACUGUUAAGUAAACGACAUAUAAUCAAAUUGAGAAUACAAAUUUCAGACACAAGUGAGAUGAGCCGAUUAUGUAACAACGUGGAUCAUGUGUUCUAUAUUGACAACGACGAUAAAUUUCACCAAGACAUGGAUAAAUAUUGUUGUACGUCCUCAUAUAUUAAAUCAUGUUAUACAUUGAGGAUGAUAAAAAAAGAAAGGCGAAGAAAUGAAGAUAAAUACUUUUGCAUAUUCACUAUGUUAUACUAUUCGAUCAUGUUAUACGAUCUGGUGUGAAGAAAUGAAGAAAUGAAGAAAUUAAGAAAUGAGCCGCUCAUGUUGUACGAUCUGGUGUGAGCGGAACAAACGGUUGCACGGUGAGACACCGACUCCUAUUCAAAUUCUACACAAGAUCAUCGACAGGAACAUCAUGAACCGUCUCAGUAUUUUGCAACGAUCAAACAGCCAAAAGAAUCGAAUGCUCUUCCAGUUUUGGUUUAGCACAAGGUUGUAAGGAUAAGUUUAUGGUUUAAGUUUGUUUUCAUCUUAUAGUUGCCCUUGAUGUACAAACAAUAUAAUUUUAUAUUCAUUCAAAAAAAAAUAUUGUAUAUUGAAAUAAAUUUAUUAUGGCGAAUACAAAAAAUGUUCCAAAAGUCGAUGUAAUGUCCUAAUCUAUACAAUACUAAAAGUUGAAUAAGCUCAACACCUAAGGUGUCCACAUCAGAUUAAAUAAUCCACUAAGACAAUAUUUUCGCCACGUCAUUUAAGCCCAUGUCGAGAUUUAAUGUUGGGUUUCUUACCCUAAACCCUAAAUUAUUUUGUCAUGGCCCAAAAUAAAGUCCACCACCCGUGGCUUCUUCGAUCAUAUUUUCCUCCGCCAGUUUCUCAGUUCGUCUUCUCCAAUUCGAGUUCAUUCAUGAAGCCUCCGUUACUGUGAUCCACUUAUAAUCAAUCAAUUGUCUUCUUUACUUCCGUAUUUAUUUAUGCGUUUCACCUCGCUAUCUAUCUCCAUCUAUAUAAACCGGUUCCUCGAAGCUUGCUGCCAUUCGAUUGAGCAAAGAGAUUCAGGUUUCGUUCUUUGGAAAAUUUUGAUACUGAUUGCGAUAACAGAGGUGUGUUUUCUGCAAAAUAUUUACCGGGAAGUUUUUGUUGCAAUUUUCCAUUUCAUUUUACCUCGCGUAUUACGAAGUCGAUAAUCGGUUUUUGAGUUCAUGUCGUUAUGUGUUUUUCAUUAGAUAUUUAUGUUUGGGCACAAAACUGAUUUUUCAGAAAUCUGUGAUGGUGCUAAGUGGCUCACGGGGAUUCUGUUACACAUUGGAAUUGAAAAAUGAGCAAGAAGCAAAACAAAUGAAGAAGAAGAAGAUUAGAACUCACUUUCAUGCUAUUUUGUUAACUGGCGGUUGUUGAGUAAUGACUGGAAACCGUUUCAUGGAUAGAGGCGUGAGCAAGGAGUUGAAAACCCAAUAGCUCUGCAACUCUAGCUGGUGAUUUAGGAAUUGGGGCUGAACAGCUUCUGCUGAUGUGAAAAGAUCACACCUUGCUUCUCUGUAGUAAUGUAGAAGGUAAGUUCUCUGGUCUCUUUGUUGGUUUUUCUGUAUUUUAUCAUUUUGGUCUGCACUAUUGUUUUUGUUUGUGGAAGAUUCAGGGUAAAUGAUGAUGAUUUGCUAAAGAUCAAGAACACUUAUCGUCCUAUCCUCUCAAGAAAGAGAAAGGGUUUAUGGUAUGUAUAUAAAGUCAAUAAUAUUGUUACAAUUCAAAAGCAAAUAUAAAGUCAUUGUUUAUAA